UAAGUGUGAGGGGGCACAGAACUAAAAUACCCAAAAAUACCAGAACACAGAGUAGGUAAAUUUCAGUUGCAAAUGAAAAUUACAAGCACUGGGAUUUUGUCUCUUUAUCGCUGAGAGAUUCUCUGUGAUCGAUGGCAAUGGCGACAAUGGCAGUCGUCUGCAAAUGCGCAACAGCGAGGAGGAGCUUCUUCUGCUUCAGAGAAAUCAGUUUCGACGACAAGCCCAACUGCCGAAACCUCCUCCGAAACGUUUCGACCCUGCCCGUCUUUAAAAAAGGCCUCUUCACUUGCUGCAGCCCAUUUGCUGGAAAUAGUAUUCUCAGUAUGGAUGCACCAGAGAAUUUGAGGUUCUUGACGUUGCCGUCUUCCCGAGAUAAGAGAAUUCCCAUGUAUGUGAUGAUGCCUGUUGAUGCCUUCUGCAUUGAUGGUACGGGGCGUCCAAGGAUUAGGAAAAUCAAGGCCUUAACUGUAGCUCUAAAAGCACUCAAGUUGGCAGUUGUCCACGGUAUUGUAGUUGAGGUUUGGUGAGGAAUCGUAGAGCGUUUCUCUCCUCUUGCAUAUGAUUGGUCUCUAUAUGAAGAGCUUUUCAAAUUGAUUUUUGACUCAGGUUAAUUGAAGUUGCAUGUUGCCAAAUCUUUUCACUCAAACGUGGACUCUUCUUCUAGCAGAAAAGGGGGUGUAACUCUUCCACUUUGGAUCAUAGAAAUUGGUGAUCAGAAUAAGCAUAUAUAUUAUUGGGACCAAAAUGGAUUUUCCAAUGAUGAUUAUCUUACACUGGGAGUUGACCAUGUUCCUCUCUUUUGCGGACAGACUGCCCUCUAAUUUGUUGAAGAUUUCAUGUCAAGUUUUGCUAAGACAUUUGAAUUCUUAAUCGGUACUAUAAUAGAAGAAAUUAGUGUUGGUGUUGGUCCUUCUGGUGAACUUAAAUAUCCUGCACAUCCUUUUGGUGAAGGUAGAUGGAAGUUUCCUGGAAUCGGUGAAUUCCAGUGCUAUGACAAGUACAUGUAUGUUAAAAAUCUUUCAUUCCUCUGACGGAAAUUUGGAAAAUUUCAGUGGAAAAAGAAGGGACCACAAAAAGCCGGCUGUUACAACAGUCUUCCAUCUGAAGUUCCUUUCUUUGGAGAGGCAGAGGAAAGCUUUCUUUCUGAUUAUGGGUGUCUUUUUCUUGAAUGGUACGGUGGUAGGUUGCUCCAUCAUGCAGAUGAUAUUCUUGCAAAGGCAGCUAACAUUCUGAAGAAAUAUCAAGAAAACAAGCAAACUUCAAUUAUAUUGGCAGCUAAAAUUGGUGGAAAAUAUUGGUGGUAUCAGGCGAUAGCACACCCUGCUUAACUUACAACAGGAUACUACAACACUGCUGUUAGAGAUGGUUAUGAUCCUCUUGCUUCACUUUUGUCUCGUCAUGGAGCUGCUUUGCAUGUUCCCUGCUUAGAAAUGAUGGAUGGUGAUAACCCGGCAUCCUGUCUUUGUAGCCCAGAAGGUUUACUCCAACAGAUAUGGAGUGUUUCAAAGAAAAGGGUACAUUUGAUAGGGAGAAAUACCGAUGAAUGAUUUGAUAGGGUAAAUUCAUCCUUUGCUCAAUAACAAAAGCAAAUUUCAGUUUGGUUUAUGGCAAAUACAUGCUAACGGUUACCAUUCCCAGGCUGUAGCAGUAAGAUCAUUUACGUAUUUCAGAAAGAAUGAUAAGAUCUUUAGGGCUGAAAAUUGGAGUAACUUCGUUCCUUUUGUUAAAAAGAUGAGCACAAUUUGUCAAGCAGCCAAAAAACCCAACUUACCCGCGUUCUUGAGUUGGAAGUGUAAAUUUUUGAAACGGAUUUGGUUGGCUGUAGAAACUGAAUGCUUUAUUACCAAAUAUGGGAAGAAUAAUUGGAAUUGCAAUUUUGGUACUACUGGUCUCAUUGCAUUGACAAAUCCAGAGCAAGCUAAAGCUAAUCUCAUAACGGAUGAUAAGCAAUCCCUCCUGCUCACAAAAUCACCAUCUUCCUCCGCCCCAAGUAUAUCGGCAUCCACAACUUCACCUAUUGCAGCAUCUGGAAAUAAUGAAUCUGCAAUCCAUUGCUUUAAAUCCAUUUCCCCAACAAACAUCUCGUCUGUUGGCUUCCUUUUUGUGAAUGUCUCCAUGAGUACAAUACCAAAACUAUACACAUCCCCUCUUGUCGAAACGCUUCCUUCCAUCCCAAACUCUGCAAAAUUUGUAUGUGAAUUUAGUUAUAUAUGAUAAAAAGAAAAUUAUAA